UAUCACUUCAACUGACAUUCACUAGUUCCAGUUCAGUCAACAACAUUGUUUAUAGUUUAUCAAUCAAAGCCAUGAAGGAGAUACCUCAAAUUGCCAUUGCAUUUGGAGAUUAUUCUACUUGCAACCUGUCAGAUCCAGAGUGUACAAGUAUCUCUAGCUUGCUAGAGAGUCAAGCUUCGUCUCAAUAUACAGACGCAGCACUACAACAACAACUGAAUGCUGUCCGUGGCUUAUUAAGUCAGGUUGAUGUGAGUUAUGUGAGAUUUAAAAAUCCAUCAGAAACAUCUUCGCAACCAUCGUUCGAAUAUGCAUUCACUCCACAACCAUCAAUUCCACAAAAAAGAUCAUUUACACAAGUUAUGGACAUUACACCACAAGAUGCUAGAGAAAAUACAUCAAUGCAUGCAGAAUUUCAUCAGAAUGCCUAUCAAGUAUCAAGCUUAGGUCCUCAAUUACAAUCAGACAGAUUUCAGGGUUCUAUACCAGAAACUCUUGUUAAUAAUGGCUUAUCUCAGCAAACUGCAUACUUUCAAGACUCCUAUAAAAAACCAUGUACCUUAUCCCCAGCG